AUGAUCGGAGAUGUAGAACGUUUAGUAUUGGAAGGUAAAAUACAUGGAUUAAUGAUGUACAGUUUAAAAAAGGAUUGUUUUAUUGCAGGAGCUGAUGUAAAUAUGAUUUAUACAAUAACUGAUAGAGAAAAAGCAAAAACUCUCUCAAGAACAGGACAAUACCUCACGAGAAGGAUUGAAUAUUUACCAAUUGUUGUUUUGGCUGCAAUUCAUGGAGUUUGUUUGGGAGGAGGAUUUGAAUUGUGUUUGGCAGCAUCCCAUAGAGUUUGUUCUAAUUAUUCAAAAACUUAUUGUGGACUUCCUGAAACGAAAUUGGGGAUUUUGACAGGUUCAGGUGGGUGUGUCAGAUUGCCACGAUUGAUUGGAUUGGAUAAUUCGAUUCAAAUGAUUUUACAAGGAAGUUCCAUUGGAGCUAAGAGUGCAUUGGAAUGUGGAAUUGUUGAUCAGGUGUUUCCUUACGAAGUUGAACAGAAUAAUGAUGAAUACAUAUCAAAAACCAAACCUCAAGCACAAGAUGUGGAAUUCUUUCAAAGAUCUUUCGAAUAUAUCAAGGAUUUAUCUGUACAGACACUUCCUGAAAGGGAGGAAUUAAUUGCUGAAGCAAUGAAGGAUAUAUUACAAGUUGCUUCCUCACGAUUAUUCAAUAGGGAGCCAUCUUUCCAAUUACAAAAGUACAAGAGAAGGAAAAUAUCUAUCAGAGAAUAUCUGAAAGACAAUCCAAUUGGAAGAUUAUUUAUCGAGUUUAUUGCUUCAAAUAAUAUCAAGAAACAAACAAGAGGAAGACCAUUCCAUUCGCCACACAAAAUAUUGGAAACAAUAAUUAGUGGAUAUACCAUGACAAUAGAUCAAGCCCUGGAGAUUGAGGCAUCUAAUUUUGCAGAGCUUGUCAUUGAUCCAGUUUCUAAAAAUUUGAUUUCCCUCUUUAACAUGUUGGAAGCUGCUAAAAAGGCCGAAAAUUAUUGUGAUCCUCAAUAUUGUCAUUUGAAGAUCAAGCAAGUAAUCAACAGGAUUGCUGUUUGUGGAGCUGGUCAAAUGGGAUGUGGAAUUACUCAACUCUGUCUAUCAAAAGGUUACAACGUCUAUCUAAAAGAGGUGGAAUAUCACUACUUGGAAAAUGGAUUGAAACGUAUCAAGAAUGAGCUCUACUCUAAACAAAUUCGUUCUGGAAAGGUAACAGAAAAUCAACGAGAUGAAGUCAUUUCCAAAUAUUUAGAAACUGGCUUGAAAUAUGACCCAAUAGAAAAUUGCCAAAUGGUUAUUGAAGCAGCCCUUGAAAGAAUUGACAUUAAGAAGGAAGUUCUCGAGAGAGCACAAGCAUUCAACAAGGAAAUAAUUUUUGCCACCAAUACCUCCUCAAUUCCAUUAACAUCCAUCGCAGAGGAGAGUAACAUGAAGCAAAAUGUGAUUGGGUUGCACUUUUUCAAUCCAGCCAAUGAGAUGCCACUUGUGGAAAUUAUUGCUACGAGAUAUACUUCACAGGAGGUAUUAGCGAAAGCUUACCAAUUUGCUCUAGAUUUGGGGAAAAUUCCAAUUGUUGUGAAUGAUAGUCCAGGAUUUUUAACAACCAGAUUAUUUGUGGUGUAUUGCAUUGAGGCAACAAGUAUUGUAUUGGAUGGUGUUCCAUUUGAGGAAAUUGAUCAACGAUUACAAGAAUUUGGAUUUUCAACAGGUGUAUUGUCUAUGCUAGAUCACAAUGGUCUCGAUGUUGCCAUUCACGUCAUGCCAAUCCUAGCCCAAAAUUUGGCACUCAGAUUUGACCACUACGAAGCCCUUAAAGAACUAGUUAAAGGUGGCAAUACAGGUGUGAAAAAUAGAAAGGGUUUCUACUUGUACGAUGAAUAUGGAAGACAAACUGGAAUCAAUCCGGAAGCUCUCAAAAUUAUUUCUCGCUAUCAAGCCAAGAGAGAAAGAAAAGUAACACUGGCAACACUCUACGAUGAUAUUGUUGAUCGAUGCAUUCUCGUCUUGGUCAAUGAGGCAAGUAAAUGCAUUGAGGAAGGAAUUAUUGCACUACCUGAAGCUGUGGAUAUUUCAAUGAUUAUGGGAUUUGGAUUUCCAUCAUUCCUUGGAGGUUUACUUUCAUUUGCUGAUUCGUUGGGAAUUGCAAAUAUUGUAAAAAGAUUGGAAGAGCUCUCUAUUAGAUAUGAUUCUGUCAAAAUGCCAUCAAAACUGUUGGUUGAUAUGGCAAAAUCUAAUCAUCACUUCUUCCCUGAACGAGUUGUUUUGCAUUCAAUUAUUGCCAAACAACAAAAUCAACAACAUGCAAGUAAAUUGUAA